AUGUCGAACUUGGGAAAGAUUAUUGAUCCUAACUUCUUUAAAGAUAGAGUUGCUAAGAGAAGGUCUGAGGAGCGUGAUGAAACGGUUUCUGAUAGCAAGAGGCUUCGUCUUGGAGAAGAGAACGUGCUCACGUAUACACAUUACGAUGGAGAUUUAGAGAGUAGUUGGUUGAAGAGUCAGCGUCAGAUGCUGGACCUGGAGAAGUUGGCUUUUGACAAAGGUGGUCUCCUGAUGGCGAACGAGAGGUGUGACCUUCCACGUGGCUCCUACAGAGGUCAUGGCAAUGGAUAUGAUGAGUUUCAUAUCCCAUGCAUUUCUAAAAAAGUAGAUGUCAGUGAGAAGCUUGUGAAGAUCAACGAGAUGCCAGUUUGGGCUCAACGGGCUUUUAAAGGAAUGCAAGAGUUGAACAGUGUUGAGAGCAAAGUGUAUGAGACUGCGCUAUUUAAGUCUGACAACAUUCUUCUUUGUGCUCCAACUGGUGCUGGAAAAACCAAUGUUGCAAUGCUCACCAUACUCCAGCAAAUUAAAUCCAAUAAGAAGAAUGAUGGAAAUUGCAAAAUCGUCUAUAUUACACCCAUGAAGGCCCUCGUUGCUGAGGUCGUCAGUAACUUGUAUUAUCGUCUGAAAGAUUAUGGAGUAACUGUGAGAGAACUCAGUGAGGAUCAGUCUCUUAAUGGUAACGAAAUUGAGGAUACUCAGAUCAUUGUUACCACGCCAGAGAAGUGGGAAAUGAUCACCAGGAAGACUGGUUAUACCCACCUUGUGAGACUUGUUAUAAUCGAUGAUAUUCAUCUUUUGCAUGAUAAUAGAGGUCCUGUGCUUGAAAGCAUUGUCGCCAGGACUCUUAUGAAGACUGAAACCACCAAGGAGAAUAUUCGUUUGGUUGGUUUCUCAGCUAUACUGCCAAACUAUGAAGACGUGGCCUUGUUUUUGCGGGUUGAUCUCAAGAAAGGGUUGUUUGAAUUCGACAGCGGCUACAGAUAUCUGCCUCUUGAUCAGAAGUAUAUUGGAAUCACUGUGGAAAACCCGUUGGAGAAGUUCCAGAUGAUGAAUGAUCUUUGUUAUCAGAAAGUAGUGGCUGGUGGUGGAAAGCACCAGGUUCUUGUUUUUGUUAAUUCGAGGAAUGAAACAGCAAAAACUGCAAACGCUAUAGUGGAGACAGCAAUGGAGAACGAUACACUCGGCAGAUUCUUGGAAGAAGAUAGUGGAAGCCGUGAAGUUCUUGAGAGUCAGAUUGAACUUGUUGAGAAUAGUGAUCUGAAAAAACUUUUGCCUUACGGUUUUGGUAUUCAUCAUUCCGGGCUAACAAGGGGUGAUCGUGAGAUAGUUGAGACGCUUUUUGGUGAAGGUUAUGUGAGAGUCUUGGUUUCCACAGCAACUAGUGUGAAUCUGCAUGCUCAUACAGUCAUAAUCAAAGGAACACAGGCUUAUGAUCCUGAGAAAGGAGCGUGGAUGGAACUCAGUGCGAUGGAUGUUAUGCAGAUGCUUGGUCGUGCUGGAAGACCUAAGUAUGAUCAAUAUGGGGAAGGUAUAAUCAUCACUGGCUACACCGAGCUGCAGUUUUAUCUUUCUUUGAUGAAUGAGCAGCUACCUAUUGAAAGCCAGUUUAUUUCAAAACUUGCUGAUCAGCUUAAUGUUGAAGUUGUGGCUGGAACUCUUCAGAAUGCUAAAGAGGCUUGUCAUUGGCUUGGCUAUACGUAUCUAUAUCACCGUAUGGUUUGUAAUCCUACGCUUUAUGGUUUAGCGUCUGAUGCCCUUGGAAAAGACCCAGUGUUGGAGGAAAGAAGAGCUGACCUGAUACACUCAGCUGCUACUAUCUUGGACAAAAACAAUUUGGUUAAGUAUGACAAGAAAAGUGGAUGUUUCCAAGUUACUGAUUUGGGACGGGUUGCUAGCUGCUACUGUGUGAGUCAUGGGACCAUAGCUACGUACAAUGCGCAUUUGAAGCCAACGAUGGGUGAUGUUGAUCUGUAUCGUCUGUUAUCGCUGAGUGAGGAGUUCAAGUAUGUGACUGUUGGGGGAGAUGAGAAGAUGGAGCUGGCGAAGCUUUUGGAUCGUGUCCUGGUUCCUAUCAAGGAAACUCUGGAGGAGCCUAGUGCAAAGAUUAAUGUUUUGCUACAGGCAUAUAUUUUACAGCUAAAGCUUCAGAGUCUUACUUUGACAUCAGACAUGGUUUAUAUAGGUGAGAGAGCUGGACGUCUUGUACAAGCUCUCUAUGAAAUUGCACUGAAGCGUGGAUGGGAUGAAUUGGCUGAGAAGGCUCUGAACUUGGCUAACAUGGUUGGGAAGAUUACAAAAGAAAUAAAAGUUUAA